GAUAUGGUAAAAUAUCCGACAUUUAUCUCUUUUUCCCUUCUUCUUCUUCUUCUUCUCCUUCUUCACCUCUCAGAUAUUCCUUUAUCAGAUAUACCCCUCCCCUCGUGUGUCUCUGUUUUUUUUGUUUCCCUCUUUCUCUCUCUCUCCUCCAUUAAUGCCCUCUGAAACUUUCUCUCUCUCUAUGCAUACACUAUAUGUACAUACAUGCUUGUAGCUGUGUAUAUAUACAGUUAGCUACCCUGCCAUUUCUUGAACUAUCUUUCUAUAACACAUAUACACUUGGCUAGAGAUAUUGUUAUAUACUCCUCUCAUGGCACUUGUUUUCCUCUUUCUUUCCUUGUUUUCUUUUUCACUUGUAAUCUUUAUUAUCCACCGUACAUCCCGGCAUCGCCGCCUCCGGUUGCCGCCGGGCAACUUUGGCCUACCCUUUGUUGGAGAAACUCUGCAGCUUAUAUCAGCAUACAAGACUGAGAACCCUGAACCGUUUAUAGAUGAACGAGUGAACAGAUUCGGUUCUUUGUUUACCACCCAUGUUUUUGGUGAACCCACGGUUUUCUCCGCCGACCCGGAGACUAACCGGUUCAUUUUGCAAAACGAAGGGAAGUUGUUCGAGUCGAGUUAUCCGAGUUCGAUAUCAAAUUUGCUAGGAAAACAUUCUUUGCUGUUGAUGAAGGGCAGUUUGCAUAAAAGAAUGCAUUCUUUAACUAUGAGUUUUGCUAAUUCUUCCAUUAUCAAAGAUCAUCUUUUGGUUGAUAUAGACCGGUUGGUUCGGCUCAACUUGAAUUGCUGGACCGACCGGGUUUUUCUCAUGGAAGAAGCCAAGAAGAUAACAUUUGAGCUAACAAUGAAGCAACUAAUGAGCUUUGAUCCAGGGGAGUGGACUGAGAGUUUAAGGAAAGAGUACGUUCUUGUUAUUGAAGGAUUUUUCACUGUGCCUUUGCCUAUAUUCUCCACCACAUACCGAAGAGCUAUCAAAGCUAGGACUAAGGUGGCAGAGGCAUUAAGCCUGAUAGUGAUGCAAAGACGAAGAGAGAGUGAGUCAGGAGAAAGAAAGAAAGACAUGUUAGGAGCUCUUCUAGCCGCCGAUGAUGGGUUUUCCGAUGAGGAAAUAGUGGAUUUCUUGGUGGCACUACUUGUUGCCGGCUAUGAAACUACCUCUACUAUUAUGACUCUUGCUGUUAAGUUCCUAACUGAGACACCUCUCGCUCUGGCUCAGCUCAAGGAGGAGCAUGAAGGGAUUAGGGCAAAGAAAAGUGAAGGAGAAGCUCUAGAGUGGAGUGAUUACAAGUCAAUGCCUUUCACUCAAUGUGUUGUUAAUGAGACACUGAGAGUAGCAAACAUAAUUAGUGGGGUAUUUAGACGAGCAAUGACAGACAUCAAUAUAAAAGGUUACACAAUCCCUAAGGGAUGGAAAGUUUUUGCUUCAUUUCGAGCUGUACAUUUAGAUCAUGAUCACUUCAAAGAUGCUCGAUCUUUCAAUCCAUGGAGAUGGCAGAACAAUUCAGGAGUAACAUGUCCAGGGAAUGUGUUCACUCCAUUUGGAGGAGGACCAAGACUCUGCCCAGGUUAUGAACUAGCUAGAGUAGAACUCUCUGUUUUCCUGCAUCAUCUAGUCACUCGGUUCAGUUGGGUUCCUGCAGAGGAAGAUAAGUUGGUUUUCUUUCCGACGACCAGAACACAGAAACGGUACCCAAUCAACGUGCAGCGACGAAGCGAUGUAAAGAGUUAGAUUAUGACAGAGAGUAAGUGAUAAAAGGGAGAAAGAGGAUGAUUAAAAAGAGAAUGUUAGAACAGCCUGUAAUCCUUUUGCUAUUGAACCCAAAUAAAACUACAGUAAUAGAGUUAGCAUA